UUAAAAAAAAAAUUCAUCAUAUAAAUAUAUCCGACAAUAGUCACCGAUUGUCUCAUAAGUUAUUUGCUUAAUUCAUUUUUUUUUCUUGUGAUUGAAAGUCAGCAAAUAACCAGGAAAAAAAAUCAACAUAGAAAAUUAUAAAUUUGUGAUUCAAAUCAACAAUAAAGCGAAAAAAAUGACAAAAUUUUUCAUCGUUAUGGCUGUAAUGGCCACAAUUCUACUUCCAGCUACCAUUAAUUCAUUACCAAAACAUUCAAAUGCUGAUGAUAAUGAUGAACAUCAAGUUUGUACUAGUGAACCAUUGGUUGAAUUGAAAAAUGGUGGCCGUGUUCGUGGUCUUUGCAAAACCGGUUUACAUGGACGUGAAUUGCACACAUAUCUAUCGAUUCGUUAUGCAAAGGCUAAUCGUUUUGCUCAUUCCGUUGCCGAAGGACCAUGGGAUGAAGUUUAUGAAGCCACCUAUCAACGUGAAGCAUGUCCACAAGAAGAUCCAACUGUUAAACAUUCAGAAGAUUGUCUUUAUCUUAAUGUUGUUCAACCAAUUGACAGUGAAGAUAAAUUGAAACCAGUUAUGGUAUGGAUCUAUGGUGGUGGAUUCAGUCUUGGAUCUAUUGAUGGUGUUGCCAGUCUCCUAUAUGAUGGUUCAGUUAUUACAUCAUUAGGUGAUGUUGUUUAUGUUGAUAUGAAUUAUCGUUUAGGUCCAUUCGGUUUCCUAUAUAGUGGUACAGAUGAGGCACCAGGUAAUCAAGGUGUUCAUGAUGUAAUAAUGGCAUUGCGAUGGGUUCAUGAUAAUAUCGAAAAAUUUGGUGGUGAUCCAAACCGAGUGACAGUCUUUGGCGAAUCAGCUGGUUCAUUUUUUGUUUCGAUGCUGAUAAUGUCACCAAUGGCUAAAGGCUUAUUUCAACGUGCUAUAAUGCAAUCUGGUGCUUUAAAUGAACUGAAACAAUUUUCACCAGACUAUUCAUUAGAAAAAACAAAAAUAUUUUCACGAAAAUGUGGCUGUAAUCAAGAUGAUGCUGAUGAAAUGGUUGAAUGUUUGAAACGAUUACCACCAUCAAAAUUAACUUGGAAAGGUGAUGGUAUGAAUUUUCCAGCCAUGUUUGAAGGUAAACAACCAAUCGUAAUGUGGAAUGAUAAAGCUGGUGUUGUACCAAGUCGGCCAUCAGAAAUUAUUCGAAAAGGCCAUUAUAAUCCUGUGGAUCUUAUGUUUGGUUUUGUUCACGAUGAACUUGCUGAAAUACUCAUGCUAUUGGAUUUUGAAAUAUUAAAUCCAUUGAAAUCAUAUACACGUGAACAUAUUAAAGAGAAAUUAUUUCCAAUAAUCAAAGAAUUUUCAUUCAAUGGACAUGAAGAAGAAUUAUUCGAAUAUUAUUUCAAAGAUGAACAUCAUGCCAUGGUAAAAACUGAUUCAUUAAGACGUAGAAUGAUCGAUAUGCUUUCCGAUCCAGUUAUGAUCUGUCCAAAUUAUCUAUUUGGACAAACAUUAGCAAUGGCAAUGGCUAAAAAUUCGACAGCUACAAACCGUAAUCGUUUCUAUUCAUUCCGUUUUGAUCAUCAUUCACCAUUUAUGGUAUUUGUUGGCUGUGAAAAAUGGAUGGGUGUAUGUCAUGGCAUGGAUAUACCAUUCACAUUUGGUUUACCCAUACGAAAAGAUAUUGUUAAAUUGGCUUUCACUAAUAAAGAUCGUCAUAUUAGUGAAAAUGUUGUCCGUGCUUGGACACGAUUUGCACAUACUGGUAAUCCUGAACAAAUGGGUGAUGUUGAAUGGCCAGAAUUCAUUGGCGAUGAUGGUGAAACAAUGCGUCAAAUGGCAAUUAACGUUGAAAAUGGUGUUAUUGAAAAUCAAUAUCGUGAUCGUUGUGAAAAAUUUUGGAAUAAAUAUCUAUUCCCACAAUAAUUAAUAAAAAUAAUCACAAUCAAGUCGAAAUAGUUUCGAAUCAUGCAACAACAAUAUUUACAACCAAUAUGAUCAGCCAAUUUUCCAUUCACUUAUCUGUUAUUAUGUUAAUCUGUUUUUUUGUGUUUAUUUUUUCUCUUGUUUUUCACAAAUCAAUAAAUAAUCAAUCAAUAUAA